CUGGGAAAGUUUUGAUAGUUCGCCAUUUUCCUGUUAGAAAGAGAGGGAGAGCCAGAAAGGUUGUAGCGUCGUAGCUACCAACAUUAUCAGACACGAUGGCGAGUCCGGGGAAAGACACGUUCAGGAUGAAGAGCUAUAAGAACAAAGCGCUGAAUCCUCAGGAGAUGCGUCGAAGGCGAGAGGAGGAAGGAAUACAGCUACGCAAACAGAAAAGAGAGGAGCAGCUGUACAAGAGGAGAAAUGUGUGUGUACCGAGUGAUGAGUCAAUGCUGGAGUGCCCGAUCCAGGAUCCAGACGUCAGCUCCACAGUGCCUGCUGCAGGGGAAGGGGUCAUAACUCCAGAUAUGAUCCAGAUGAUCUUCUCUGAGGACCCAGACCAGCAGCUCAUUGCUACACAGAAAUUUAGGAAAUUACUCUCCAAAGAGCCCAACCCCCCCAUAGAUGAGGUCAUUGCCACGGCUGGUGUUGUCAAUCUUUUUGUGCAGUUCCUGAAGAGGAGUGAGAACUGCACACUGCAGUUUGAGGCGGCCUGGGCCCUGACCAACAUCGCCUCAGGGACCUUCCUCCACACCAAGGUGGUGAUCGAAACAGGAGCAGUCCCCAUCUUCAUCGAGCUGCUCAACUCUGAGUACGAGGAUGUCCAGGAACAGGCGGUGUGGGCGUUGGGGAACAUAGCAGGAGAUAACGCUGAGUGCAGGGACUACGUGCUGGACUGUGGCAUUCUGCCAUUUCUGCAACAGUUACUCGCAAAGUCCAACCGUCUUACAACAACCCGCAACGCAGUGUGGGCUCUGUCCAACCUCUGCCGGGGGAAGAACCCACCACCAGAUUUUGCCAAAGUGUCUCCCUGUCUCAAGGUGCUGUCCCGGCUGCUGUUCAGCAGUGAUCCAGAUGUGCUGGCUGAUGCCUGCUGGGCUCUGUCCUACCUGUCUGACGGACCCAACGAGAAGAUCCAGACGGUCAUUGACUCCGGGGUGUGCCGCAGAUUGGUGGAGCUGCUCAUGCACAGCGACUAUAAGGUGGUUUCACCUGCUCUGCGUGCGGUCGGCAACAUCGUAACAGGAGAUGACAUCCAGACUCAGGUUAUCUUGAACUGCUCAGCACUGCCGUGUCUCCUUCACCUGCUCAGCAGUCCCAAGGAGUCCAUCAAGAAGGAGGCGUGCUGGACCGUGUCCAACAUCACGGCAGGGAACAGAGCUCAGAUUCAGAAUGUGAUCGAUGCCAACAUCUUCCCAGUGCUCAUCGAGAUCCUCCAGAAGGCCGAGUUCCGCACAAGGAAGGAAGCAGCGUGGGCCGUCACUAACGCCACGUCCGGGGGCACGCCGGCCCAGAUAACGUACCUGGUGUCCCUGAACACCAUCAAACCCAUGUGUGACCUGCUCACAGUGAUGGACUCUAAGAUCGUGCAGGUGUCUCUGAACGGUCUGGAGAACAUCCUCCGGCUGGGAGAGCAGGAGGCCAAGCAGAGCGGCAGCGGCAUCAACCCAUACUGCGCUCUCAUCGAGGAGGCUUACGGCCUGGACAAAAUCGAGUUCCUGCAGAGCCACGAGAACCAGGAGAUCUACCAGAAGGCCUUCGACCUGAUCGAACACUACUUUGGUGUGGAGGAGGAGGAUGCCAGCCUGGCCCCGCAGGUGGACCACACUCAGGGCCAGUUCGUCUUCCAGCAGCAGGAGGGACCAAUGGAGGGGUUUCAGCUCUAACCUAACCUCCACCCCACAACACCCCUCUCCUCCUGGACUCUAUACCUCUGAGACAGCAGCCGGAUGGCCUCCAGACCCUCAAAAGGACGUAACCUGGGUCAAAAAGCAGCCCCAGACCUUCAGUCCUGCUCUGAGUACAGCUACUCUGGGGGGAAAGACAGAUCUGUGAAUAUGGAGAUCAAAUCUCUCUUUUUUUCCUUAAGGCUACAGAUUCUCCUUUGACUUCCUGGGAUAUUAUUUCUUAUCAUCCUAAAUGAUAUUCAGCAUCCACAUGUAAUUUGAAAUGAGAAACUACCUCUUCAGGAGUAAAGGAAGAAAGCAAGGCUUACAUGAAAUCAAAUCACAUCAGUCAUGUGUCAGGCAGGGCUUUAGACCGGUGGAUGUACAUCUGCUGCACGUCCUCGAAAGAUUUCUCCACUUAAAAAGCACUUGACGAGCGCCGAGAGACCCUGGACUCUUAUUUAUUUGUGUCCUGACAGCCGGGGAGGCACUCCUGUUCCUCUGCUCAGUUCUGAAGGCUACAGCUGUAGCCCGCCAAGUGGACGAGUGUUGGCUGUUCACUCCUGAUUUUUCUGCCUACUUUAAACGUCUUUAGUACAGAAAGCAGUAUCAGGGCCAUGCUGUCUGUUACACGAUGCAGUGUGUGGUAGUUAAAGAUGUUUUGGUUCCAUUUUCUAGUCGACCUGAACUAGCAACUCAAUUUAUCUUAAAAUAUUAGUUAUGCCAGUAAUCAGUUUCUUGCCUUGAUGCUGGUAGUGGACUGACUUGGAGGGUUUGUAUAUUAUAUAUACAUGUGAGGAAAGUUGCUACGACAGUGCGUAAAAUGCAAUUUAGGUUUCUUCCUGCAAAUGUAUUUCUGAUAUUUCCAGUACAACAUUACGGUGGCUGACGGGUGCAUACACGUCACAACGGUCCAAAACAUUUUCAUCAGGAGAAACGGUGCAGCUUCAGAAACGGUGCAACUAAAACACACAAGCCAAAACACAUGGAAAUGAAGAAACAGCUCCACCAACUUAACAACUUCAUGACGCAUAACUGUCACUGUUGGUGGAAACUCACCUGAAAUAUCAAUUUAAUUGGCCUAUUUUAACGAUGUGAUCACAUGAUUCAGUCUAAUAAAAUUGCAGAUCCGUGGAACCUAGCUAGCUAAGGUAACAUAACUUAAUCAUUUCAAAUAUAAUGAUGAUGAUAAUAAUAAUAAUAAUAAUAAUAAUAAUAAUAAUACACUUUAUUUGUAUAUCACCUUUCAUGCACAAAGCAGCCCAAAGUGCUUUACAAAACAAGAAGAAAACAUGGCAACAAUAUUAAAAUAAAUCUGACCCAAAAAAAAGCUGACAAGAAAUAAAAAUAGGUUAAAAGAAAACAAUUUUAAAAAAGAAAAUAUAAAAUUAAAGGAAAACAGAUCAAAAAUACAAUGAUACCAGUGAUAAUAGAAAGUUAUCCCAAAUUCAAAGCCAUGUUGAAAAGAUGCGCGUUUCCUGAAGUUGGUGAAGACGUUGCUUCAUUUGCCUGUGUUUUGGCCCAUUUGUGUUUUUAUAUUUGAAUCGUUCCUGAAGCGGCAGUGGGUUUCUUUCUUGGAAGUGUUUAUGGCCGCUGUAGCGCUUUGGCACCUGUCGGCCACCGUACAGAAUAUCUUCUCCGUUAUGUGCCCUUUUUUCAGGAUUCACCCUUCACACAUUUUAAUUUCAGGAGGUUCGUUUCCUCUCAGACUUUAGGCUUCAUGUUUAAUUUUCCAUGUCAUUGAUUUGUGGUUUAGUCUACAGACUGCAGUGUUUCCAUCUGUAGACUCAGUGAUCAGAGAGUUGGAUAUGAGCACAUCGGCAGCAUUCAUCAGAGGAUUAACAUUAAAUGGAUUAACUGUGAAAUGGAACAUAUUUGUAAUGCAGAAGUGACAUCAAGCACAUUUAUUCGUGUAUAGUUUUCUAAUAAUUCUGGUUUGUAUGAUUGUGUAUGUUCUUUUGUAGUGUUUUUAUUUUCUCCUGAAAGUGUGUCCUUGUAGGAGAGAUACAUGCUGUGGCUCUUUACACCUUGAUACCACACAGUCAUCAGAGAAGUGGUGCCUCAGAAUGCCUGUCGGCCAAUAAGUGGCCCCUGAACGCUUAAUCUACGGCGGCAGGCGCUCUGGGGGCCGAUAAUGGGCUUGGUGUCGGGCCCUGAACACAGCUUAUCCCAGUUCUGAUUCCUUGCUCUUCUUUGUGUGGAUGCAACUUAUAUUGUAAAACAAUAAUGAUUAAACCAUUCUGUUGAUACAAACCAAA